AUGAAUCCAGCUGACUUAGCUUCCAGGGGUGUACACCCCGAGGAAGGAGGGAAACUUUUUAUAUGGUUGAACGGACCAAAAUUUCUGAACAUGGGGAAAGAUGAUUGGCCACAUGAACCUGAUGGAAUCACGACGGAGUACGAAGAUGUUGAAAUGAAACCAGCUGUAGUGACUAGUAUGGUCCAGUCUCAAUGCCAGAACGUGGUAUCUGAUAUCCUUAACAGAUAUUCAGAUUGGUAUAAACUGCAACGAGCUGUUGCUUGGCUGCUUAGGUUGAAGACAUUUAUGAUACACAGAUACUUGAAACAUGAAACAAAGGAGAUAUUUACAGGUGGUUGUUUGUCACUGAAAGAAAUUAAAACUGCUAGGAAGUUGAUACUAAUGAAGGUGCAGGAAAGUGCCUAUGGUGACGAAUUUAGUAAACUGACUUCAAAUAAGAAGAUAGCAACAUCAAGCUCGCUAGUAAAACUGUGUCCAGUGCUUAAUGAGGGUCUGUUACGAGUUGGCGGGCGAUUUCAGUACACUGAAUUUUCCGAGGAUAGCAAACAUCCGAUCAUUUUACCAAGCAAACACCACGUGACAGAACUUAUAGUACGGAAAUAUCACGAGGUUAAUCAUCACAUGGGAGCUCAUCAUGUAUUAUCGUUGACUCGACAGUCGUAUUGGAUAGUUCACGGAAUAAGGACAGUGAAACAUGUAGUCAGUGCAUGCAUGGAUUGUAAACGGCGCUUCAGGAAAACACAACGACAGCAGAUGGCACCGUUGCCAGUUGAGAGGCUUACUCCGGACAAACCUCCAUUUACGUAUGUUGGUGUGGACUAUUUCGGGCCUAUGUAUGUCAAGGUCGGUCGUAGCCAACAGAAACGAUACGGGUGCCUGUUUACCUGCUUGACGACACGAGCAGUACAUAUUGAAAUCGUACAUAGUUUAGGAACAGACUCGUUUGUAUGUGCAUUGCAACGUUUCAUGAGUAGACGGGGAAAACCAGAAAAGAUUUUCAGCGAUAAUGGUACUAAGCUUACUUCCGGAGAAAGGGAAUUAAGAGCAGAAAUUGCCGAAUGGAACCUGAGUCGUAUCAUGAAUGAAUUGGUGCAGAAAGACAUAGAAUGGCAGUUCAUUCCUCCAUAUGCGAGUCAUAUGGGUGGAGUGUGGGAAAGACUGGUUCAGUCAGUAAAGAGAGCCUUAAAAUCGGUAGUCAAAGAGCAGCUUUUGAAUGACGAAGCACUAAAUACUCUCAUGACGGUGACAGAAAAGAUUGUAAAUGACAGACCGAUUACAAAGGUAAGUGAUGAUAGCAGAGAUCCAGAAGCACUAUCGCCGAGCCAACUGUUGCUUUUGCGCCAAAAUAGGUGUAUACCACGUGGUGUCUUUAGCAAGAAUGACAAUUAUUGUAAGCGUUGGUGGCGUCAAACUCAGUAUAUGGCAGACGUAUUAUGGCGACGUUAG